UUUCUGUACAACCAAAGUGAGGCAGUCAUUAAACAGGGAUUAAGAGACAGGCUUUCAUAAUGUAGCAGAAAGGACAUGAUACAGGCAUGAUACAGCCCCCAGAAUGGAGCUGGCUUUCUUAUCAGCAUUCUCAACCAUGGAGAAUAAAGGAGUAUAAUUCAGGAUGAUUAUCACAGCCAUACAACUCUUUUGAAGAAAGAAAAUCAGCUUUAUUUUCCCAAUGCAUUCCGAUGCAUUUCCUGGAACUUAAAAUGAAUGUACUGUGAUUUUAAAGGACAGGAUUCUCCUUUGAAAGAUUUCAGAACCAUUGGACAGGAUGUAGAACAUUACUCACCUUAUUCCUCUACUGCUGCACUCGUCAGACAACAUGGCCGGGUUAAAAUAUAAAAUAUUAGUAUCAGUAGCAAUUGUCCUUCACAUUGCCCAGUUCACCGUUGGCUAUAGCUUCAAGAAUUGCACUGAGGACCCAAACUCAAACCACACAAUAUUCCUUUGUAUCCGUCACCAGGCAAAGAACAUUUCUGCCAUUAUAGGUGACCUGCCACCCUAUGCCACCACAAUUAUAAUCUCCAUAAACCUGAUAAAACACAUACCAGACAAUACCUUUGUUCACCUUCCUAACCUCAGGACACUUCAGAUUGACAAUAACCAUCUGGAGACUAUAGACAACCAGGCAUUCCAAAAUAUGAGCCAACUGAAGAGCCUAAACCUGUCCUUGAACAAAAUAUCAAAUCUCAGCUCCUCUGUGUUUCAAGACCUCAAAAACCUUGUCAACCUGUCACUAAAUAAUAACUCAGUGAUUAGGCUCCCUCCAGGUAUUUUCUCCUCACUCUCCAAUCUGGAUGUCCUCAUAUUACGGCAGAACUACCUGAACAACUUCUCUGCGGUGGCAGAAUCUGUGACUCACUUAUCGAAGCUGACAAAACUAGACCUGUGCAAUAACUAUCUAACGUCCCUCCAUCAUUCUAACCAUACAGACCUACCAGAGUCCCUCACCACCCUCUAUCUCUGUAAAAACAAACUGGUCACUUUAGCAUGUGAGUGGGGAUUCCUCAGCCAUGUACUACUGCUGGAUCUCUCCUACAAUGACCAGCUCCCUUCAAGGGCUUUCCAAGGUGUGGACUUGCAGAAGCUAAACUACAUGCGUUUGCGUUCAACCAAUGUUACAGUGCCAGAACUUUUGAAUGUCAGCAAUGUUAGAGGUGGAAACAUAGACUUCUCUGGUAUGGGGUUGAAGACUGACAAUCUGCUCAUGGAGUUAUGCAGCCUUUUGAGUACAAAGGUCAAAUUUGUUAAAAAGCUGAGUCUGGGAAGCAAUGGGAUUCUGUCAUUGCGAAAGAACACACUUUCAAACUGUCCACCAAUCCGAGGUUUAUUGGACCUUUCCUUCAACCAGUUGAAGAAGGUAAGAUGCCUCCACUUUCUCAAAGGACAGGAUCAAAUCAAGAAAUUCACAGCAGAGAAAAACCACCUCACCUCCCUAAUGUCCUGCAACAGACAGAACCUCUCUUUCCCAAAUCUGACAGAUCUGAGCUACCGUUACAAUCGCAUACUCAAUGUGAACUCUUUUGCUUUCCACCACACACCAAAUGUGAAGACCCUACAACUCAAUAUAAACAUAAUCGCCUAUCUUGACCGUAAGGCUUUCAGUGGGCUGACUAAUCUUGUCACACUGCGUCUGGACAAUAACCUCCUGACCGAUCUGUACAAGGAUAGCUUUGAAGAUCUGCAUAGCCUGGAAAUACUUAACCUACGUAACAAUCAGAUAGCUGUUAUUUUCAACAAGACUUUCCAUUCACUCAAACACCUGCACAUUUUGGAUCUUGGAGGGAACAAAAUCACUCAUUUUGAAGAGUCAGCCUUUGUGGGGCUCGAUAACCUGGCCAAUUUUUACCUUGAUGGAAACAAUCUCAAACAGAUUGACAGCUCCAAGUUUAAACCAUUCCAUGCUACUCUUGAAGUUCUUGAUCUACAUGGGAAUCAGGUUAGCUUCUCUUCUAAACGUACCAACUCUCCUUUCGUGAAUCUAACAAAACUUCGCAACCUCAAACUAGAUGCGCAGAUGCCCCACGGCCUCAACAUGCUGCCUUAUGCCUUUUUCCGUGGUCUCAACUCCCUCCAAUCGCUCUACCUUACCGACAAUCACAUCUUCAGCUUCGCAGCAGACACUUUUGACGAUCUGACCAACUUGACUUUCCUCUCCUUGGACAACUCCUGUGCCGGGGUGAUGCAGCUGCAGCCGGGUGUCUUCAAAAACCUGCGGAAAUUGAGCAAGCUCAGUGCAAGGAACAUGGGCAUCCAGUCCAUCUCAAAGGAGGUUUUUGGGAAUCUGACAGAGCUGCAGAUCUUGCUUCUCAACCAAAACGUAAUGCAAUCCUUAGAUGUGAAUGUGCUGGAGGCUCUACCUAAACUGCGUUACCUGGACCUGCGCAACAUUCCUCUUAGUUGCACCUGCCUCAACAGUGACCUGCAGAACUGGACUUUGACUAACCAGAGAGUCCAGUUAGUCUUACUAUACAGUCUACAGUGCCAAGAUAAAAAACUCCAAAAAAGCUUCUACAACUUUGACACCAAUGUUUGCUACCUGGACCUGGGAGAGUACCUUUUUGCCACCACAACCACUGUGAUUUUACUGCUGACUAUAAUCCCACUUCUCUACACCAAGCUGUAUUGGAAACUGAAGUAUAGCUAUUAUGUGUUCCGCUCCUGGUUCGGCCAACACUGGCGCAGGCUGAGGGAGAAAGAGGAGCACUGCAAAUACGAUGCUUUCAUCUCCUAUAACUCGGCGGACGAGCCCUGGGUACUUGACCAGCUACUUCCAAACCUGGAGGGCAACGGAGCCUCUUUCAGGCUGUGCCUGCACCACCGUGACUUUGAACUGGGCCGCAACAUCGUGGACAACAUCGUCUCCGCCGUGUACAGCAGCCGCAAGACCAUCUGCGUGGUUAGUAGGCACUUCCUGUGCAGCGAGUGGUGUUCCCUGGAGAUCCAGCUGGCCAGCUACAGGCUCUUCCAUGAGCUCCGGGAUGUGCUCCUGCUCAUCUUCCUGGAACCCAUCCCUGAAAGGCAGCUCUCAGCUUACCACCGUAUGAGAAAGGUCAUGUUGAAGAAGACCUACCUGCAGUGGCCGGGGUCAGACUGCACGGACCCAGUCAAGGCUCAGGAACUGUUUUGGAACCAUCUGAGGAGGGCGCUGAGGAGUGGGAGCAGCAGGUUUGAAGAGGAUGAGGGGAGGGAGGAAUACUUCAAUCAGCCACCGAUGGAUGAUGAUAACUAUUACUUAAUGCCUUAAGGAAAUGGUAAUAGGACACAUUUUUCCCUAGCAGCAGUCUGAUUCUUGGAUAUGAAACAAAGGUCAAUGUAGUAAAAGUACAGAAAUUAUGCACACACAGACACAUACAAAGACAGAGAGAGGAGCUGAAUCUCUUGUAAAUGUGCCCUCUGUGCCAUGAUUUCUACUUGCUUGAAAUCCAGCAUCGUCUAUGCUUUGAUUUAGUGCUAUAAUAACCUUAAUUCAUUUUGGGGGGGGGGGGUUGUAACUUGCUCAUGGAAAAAAAUAUUUAAAAAAAUAUCUUGUUCUGUACUAAAUAAUAUUGUGAUACUGUUUGUACAUUUAAAAGAUGAAAUGGCAAUGGAAAUAUGAUCAGACAUACCCUGACAAAUCAUGUUGCAAAGUUAAAGAAUAUUAAAAUUAAGUAUACAUCUUGUUGGUAAAUGUCACUGUCUCAAAUCAGCAAGACACCGACAGAUGAGACCUAUUACUUAAGGAAAGGGUUAGAGGACACGCGUUGCCCUGGCAGAAGCCUGUUUCCAAGACAUUAAACAAAGUUCAAUGUAGUAAAAGUACUGCAAUUAUGCACACCCACACACAUAGAAACAGAGAGAGGAACUGAAUCUCUUGUAAAAGUGCCCUCCGUGCCAUGACUCUGUCCACUACCCUCGCUAUUGUUAUUUUACUGCUGCUCUUUAAUUAUUUGUUACUUUUAUUUUAAAUGUUUUACUUAUUACUUAUUUUUUUCUUAAAACUGCAUUGUUGGUUAAGGGCUUGUAAAUAAACAUUUCACUGUAAGGUUAGAGGACACACUUCGCCCUGGCAGCAGCCUGUUUCCAGAACAUUAAACGAAGUUCGAUGUAGUAAAAGUACUGAAAUUAUGCACACCUGUUGUAUUCGGCGCAUGUGACAAAUAACAUUUUAUUUGAUGUUCUACUUUCUUGAAAUCCAGCAUUGCUUAUGCUUUGAUUGACUGCUAUAAGCUAAAGCCAUCAUUUGUUUUCUUUUAUAAUUUGCUUUCAUGGAAAAAAUGAACUUAAUGCUGUUGUGAUCAGUACAUAAUAAUAUUGUAAUACUGUAUGUACAUUUAAAAGAUGCAAAAUGGAAAUGGUAAAUAAGAUGAGACGUACCUUGACAAAUCAUGUUGCAAAGUGAAUUGAAAUAUUCUAUAAGUAUUGUUAUUGUAAAAUAUUUCUUGUUGUAAAAUAUCACUGUCUCAAUCAGUAGUACACAACCUAAAACAAGUAAAUUAAUGAUCUAUUAUUAGAUUUUAAUAUAAGAUACAGUGUGUACAGUAUUUUACUUACAGGUUCAUUUUAUUCAGUCCAUCUUACAGGGGGAGAAUUGUAUACCCCUCAUGUCCUCGCUCCUUCUCAAAACCAAUUGGAGAAAAAGGUCAGAGGGGAGUGACCUCUGGCUUUCUCAUCCAAUGGGUUUUGAGAAGGAGACAAGGCGAGGAAUAUGCAAUUGGGAUCUACCCAUGGACAGCAGACAAUCCUCUGCAGAAUGCAUUCAUGCUAAUUCAUGUCUUUGAUAAUCUGUGCUAAAGCAUUCUGCUUGUCAAAAAUAAUAAAAGUAUACUUUAAGUAGGCCCACUGGCCACAAAAAAAAACACAAGGGCCAGAUUCUUGGAUAUUUUGUACUGCCAUAGUUGAAUUGUCCACUGUGGCUGUCUGUAAACAACAUACCGCAUACAUUCUGCAAUGCAUUUUCUUUUAUAGUGCUUCUGUAUGUUUUUGCAUGCACAUGUUUAAAUUAGAAGUAUUCAUGCAAUAAAAAAUAAAUUCUGCUGCUGUUACCUUUC